GUUCCCCCAGAAGAACAAUGAUGGGGUGGAGGGAGCUGGAAAGACCAUAUUAGGAGUAAGAGGUGGAGCUGUGAGCAGAGAUAAAGGCUCAAGUCUGGGGAGCUCCUAAUCAUUCAGGCAGUAGCCCCUCCUCUCCUGCCCUCUAUCCAGUUCUCCAGUGUUCACAGCCUACCAACAGCCACUAUUCAUGAUGGAGGCCAUCAAGAAAAAGAUGCAGAUGCUGAAGUUAGACAAGGAGAAUGCUCUGGAUCGGGCAGAGCAGGCUGAAGCUGAGCAGAAGCAGGCAGAAGAAAGGAGUAAACAGCUGGAGGAUGAGCUGGCAGCCAUGCAGAAGAAGCUGAAAGGGACAGAGGAUGAGCUGGACAAGUAUUCCGAGGCUUUGAAGGAUGCCCAGGAGAAGCUGGAGCUGGCAGAGAAGAAGGCAGCGGAUGCUGAGGCUGAGGUGGCCUCCUUGAACCGUAGGAUCCAGCUGGUCGAAGAGGAGCUGGACCGUGCUCAGGAGCGCCUGGCCACUGCCCUGCAAAAGCUGGAAGAAGCAGAAAAAGCUGCUGAUGAGAGCGAGAGAGGUAUGAAGGUUAUUGAAAACCGGGCCUUAAAAGAUGAAGAAAAGAUGGAACUCCAGGAAAUCCAACUCAAAGAAGCUAAGCACAUUGCAGAAGAGGCAGAUAGGAAAUAUGAAGAGGUGGCUCGUAAGUUGGUGAUUAUUGAAGGAGACCUGGAACGCACAGAGGAGCGAGCUGAGCUGGCAGAAUCCCGUUGCCGAGAGAUGGAUGAGCAGAUCAGACUGAUGGACCAGAACCUGAAGUGUCUGAGUGCUGCUGAAGAAAAGUACUCUCAAAAAGAAGACAAAUAUGAGGAAGAGAUCAAGAUUCUUACUGAUAAACUCAAGGAGGCAGAGACCCGUGCUGAGUUUGCUGAGAGAUCGGUAGCCAAGCUGGAAAAGACAAUUGAUGAUUUGGAAGAUGAGCUCUAUGCCCAGAAACUGAAGUACAAGGCCAUUAGCGAGGAGCUGGACCACGCCCUCAAUGACAUGACCUCUAUAUAAACUGAAAUGCACCAAAGAGGAGCAUCUCUGUACACAAAGGAUGCUGGACCAGACUCUGCUGGACCUGAAUGAGAUGUAGAGCACCCCAGGCCCUCCCUGCCGCUGAUCCUCCCUCUGACCCCGACUUCGCCUGAGGCCAGCCUGCCCGAAGCUGACCUUUAACCUGAGGGCUGAUCUUUAACUGGAAGGCUGCUUUCUCCUUUCGCCGUUCCCUCUACUCCCCUGUGUCUUUUUCGCCAAACUGUCUCUGCCACUUCCCAGAGAUUCUAGCUGGGCUAGAGGCUGAGCACAUUUGGGAACAACAUUUAAGGGAAUGUGAGCACAAUGCAAAAUGUCUUUAAAAGCAUGUUGUGAUGUACACAUUUUGUAAUUAACCUUUUUUGUUGUUUUGAAGCAACCGUUGGUAAAAACAUUCCAAAUAAUUCCACAGCUGUGAAGCAAACAAACUAAUCCCUUUUUCUCUUUUGGAAGGUGACUUUUUUAUUUAAUACAUAUUACCCUCUCCAUGGAGAAGGGAAAAAAGUGUGGGCCUGCCUUACUGAGAACCAAACAGAGCCCUGUAAAAGUCUCCACUAUGAAAAAUCUCAUUGCUCUGUACAAAGUACUAGCCAAACCAGAAGGUGAUUCCAGGAGGAGUUAGCCAAACAACAACAAAAUGUGCUAUUCAGGUUUUCAGCUUUA